AUGACAACUACAAUAACUUUUCAAACUCAUAAUAAAAUAAAUGAUGAUAUUCGACCACCUCCAACAGCAUAUAUAAAGACGGUUUAUCUAAAUUAUGAAAGGUUGACACCGAUCAAAAGCGUUCAUUUGGAUUUGAUUGGUAUUGAGAAAACUUGUUGGUCCAAUGUUCACGGUAGAUCGAAAACUGUUUAUAAUGGUGAAGAAGUUUUGGAAAAUCAUUAA